AUGCGCAUUGAGCAGGUCGCAUGUAACGUGCAACCGGUGGGCGGCGGGCGCACAAUGAGACAAAUGGCGGUGGAGAGCCGCGCGAGCGAAGCGCAGGAGGGGAAUGAGAGGGGGGAGAGUCAAGAGCAACAGGACAGCGUGGAGCCUGCGCCGACAGAAGUGCGCGUGCUCACGCUCGACCACGGCGAGCAUCAGGACGCUACCAUCUACCGAUUCGAGAAAGGCUGCUACAUUCAUUUUUCUCCAGGUCCGAGCCUACUCGGGCGGAAGGUGUUCUUGUAUACCAAUUACGUCGCUACCGACACCCAGGAUGAGAAGUGCGAAGGAACGGAUUUCAUACGCAACCAGUACUACGGGCUGGAGUGGCGGCGCGGCGGGGACGACGAGGGAGAGACGGGGGUGGGCGAGGGGGCGGGCGGUGAGCUGCUGGGCAGCGGCCUGCUGAUCACCGACACCGACGUGUACUGCGCGCUGCGCCUGGCGCGCGCUGGCAGCUUCCACUACUACUUCGUGUACGACAGCGCCGAGUCACAUCUGGGUCCGCAGGGCUCGGGUUGGUUCCAUGUGAUCCCGACACUACGAGCGGGCGAACGCGUGCUGACGCCGGACGCGAUCAUGUGCCAAACCGUGCUGGCCAAGUGCCUGGGGCCGCUGUCGCGCUGGGAGCGUGCGCUGCGUCCCGCCCGCGAGGCGCGCUACAACAUGCUGCACUUCACGCCCGUGCAGACCGUGCUGGCCAAGUGCCUGGGGCCGCUGUCGCGCUGGGAGCGUGCGCUGCGUCCCGCUCGCGAGGCGCGCUACAACAUGCUGCACUUCACGCCCGUGCAGGUACGCUACACUCACCUGGUACACUCUGUGCCAGACCGUGCUGGCCAAGUGCCUGGGGCCGCUGUCGCGCUGGGAGCGUGCGCUGCGUCCCGCUUGCGAGACGCGCUACAACAUGCUGCACUUCACGCCCGUGCAGGUACGCUACACUCACCUGGUACACUCUGUGCCAGACCGUGCUGGCCAAGUGCCUGGGGCCGCUGUCGCGCUGGGAGCGUGCGCUGCGUCCCGCCCGCGAGGCGCGCUACAACAUGCUGCACUUCACGCCCGUGCAGGUACGCUACACUCACCUGGUACACUCUGUGCCAGACCGUGCUGGCCAAGUGCCUGGGGCCGCUGUCGCGCUGGGAGCGUGCGCUGCGUCCCGCUCGCGAGGCGCGCUACAACAUGCUGCACUUCACGCCCGUGCAGGUACGCUACACUCACCUGGUACACUCGUGCCAGACCGUGCUGGCCAAGUGCCUGGGGCCGCUGUCGCGCUGGGAGCGUGCGCUGCGUCCCGCUCGCGAGGCGCGCUACAACAUGCUGCACUUCACGCCCGUGCAGGUACGCUACACUCACCUGGUACACUCUGUGCCAGACCGUGCUGGCCAAGUGCCUGGGGCCGCUGUCGCGCUGGGAGCGUGCGCUGCGUCCCGCCCGCGAGGCGCGCUACAACAUGCUGCACUUCACGCCCGUGCAGGUACGCUACACUCACCUGGUACACUCUGUGCCAGACCGUGCAGGCCAUGUGUCUGGGGCCGCUGUCGCGCUGGGAGCGUGCGCUGCGUCCCGCCCGCGAGGCGCGCUACAACAUGCUGCACUUCACGCCCGUGCAGGUACGCUACACUCACCUGGUACACUCUGUGCCAGACCAUGCUGGCCAAGUGCCUGGGGCCGCUGUCGCGCUGGGAGCGUGCGCUGCGUCCCGCCCGCGAGGCGCGGUACAACUCGCUGCACUUCACGCCCGUGCAGGUACGCUACACUCACCUGGUACACUCUGUGCCAGACCGUUCUGGCCAAGUGCCUGGGGCCGCUGUCGCGCUGGCAGCGUGCGCUGCGUCCCGCCCGCGAGGCGCGCUACAACUUGCUGCACUUCACGCCCAUGCAGGUACGCUACACUCACCUGGUACACUUUGUGCCAGACCGUGCUGGCCAAGUGCCUGGGGCCGCUGUCGCGCUGGGAGCGUGCGCUGGGUCCCGCCCGCGAGGCGCGCUACAACAUGCUGCACUUCACGCCCGUGCAGGUACGCUAAACUCACCUGGUACACUCUGUGCCAGACUGUGCUGGCCAAGUGCCUGGGGCCGCUGUCGCGCUGGGAGCGUGCGCUGCGUUCCGCCCGCGAGGCGCGCUACAACAUGCUGCACUACACGCCCGUGCAGGUACGCUACACUCACCUGGUACACUCUGUGCCAGACCGUGCAGGCCAAGUGCCUGGGGCCGCUGUCGCGCUGGGAGCGUGCGCUGCGUCCCGCCCGCGAGGCGCGCUACAACUUGCUGCACUUCACGCCCGUGCAGGUACGCUAAACUCACCUGGUACACUCUGUGCCAGACCGUGCUGGCCAAGUGCCUGGGGCCGCUGUCGCGCUGGGAGCGUGCGCUGCGUUCCGCCCGCGAGGCGCGCUACAACAUGCUGCACUACACGCCCGUGCAGGUACGCUACACUCACCUGGUACACUCUGUGCCAGACCAUGCUGGCCAAGUGCCUGGGGCCGCUGUCGCGCUGGGAGCGUGCGCUGCGUCCCGCCCGCGAGGCGCGCUACAACUUGCUGAACUUCACGCCCGUGCAGGUACGCUACACUCACCGGGUACACUCUGUGCCAGACCGUGCUGGCCAAGUGCCUGGGGCCGCUGUCGCGCUGGGAGCGUGCGCUGCGUCCCGCCCGCGAGGCGUGCUACAACAAGCUGCACUUCACGCCCGUGCAGGUACGCUACACUCACCUGGUACACUGUGCCAGACCGUGCUGGCCAAGUGCCUGGGGCCGCUGUCGCGCUGGGAGCGUGCGCUGCGUCCCGCUCGCGAGGCGCGCUACAACAUGCUGCACUUCACGCCCGUGCAGGUACGCUACACUCACCUGGUACACUGUGCCAGACCGUGCUGGCCAAGUGCCUGGGGCCGCUGUCGCGCUGGGAGCGUGCGCUGCGUCCCGCUCGCGAGGCGCGCUACAACAUGCUGCACUUCACGCCCGUGCAGGUACGCUACACUCACCUGGUACACUGUGCCAGACCGUGCUGGCCAAGUGCCUGGGGCCGCUGUCGCGCUGGGAGCGUGCGCUGCGUCCCGCUCGCGAGGCGCGCUACAACAUGCUGCACUUCACGCCCGUGCAGGUACGCUACACUCACCUGGUACACUCUGUGCCAGACCGUGCUGGCCAAGUGCCUGGGGCCGCUGUCGCGCUGGGAGCGUGCGCUGCGUCCCGCCCGCGAGGCGCGCUACAACUUGCUGCACUUCACGCCCGUGCAGGUACGCUACACUCACCUGGUACACUCUGUGCCAGACCGUUCUGGCCAAGUGCCUGGGGCCGCUGUCGCGCUGGCAGCGUGCGCUGCGUUCCGCCCGCGAGGCGCGCUACAACAUGCUGCACUUCACGCCCGUGCAGGAGCUGGGCGCAUCCAACUCAAGCUACAGUAUCGCGAACCAACUACGCCUGAACCCACGCUUCAGUGAUGACGAAUCGCGUGAAGCCACAUUCGCGGACGUCGAGAACUUCGUGGCCAAAAUACGGAACGAAUGGAACAUGGUGUCAAUCUGCGACGUGGUGCUGAAUCACACGGCCAACGAGACGGCGUGGCUGGCGACGGCGCCCGAGGCCACGUACAACUGCCUCAACUGCCCGCACCUGCGCCCCGCCGCGCUGCUCGACGUCGUGCUGGCGCGCCUCACCGCCGACCUGGCGUCGCGCCGUCUCACGCAGCCCGACCAGCUCGAGGGCGUGAUCCACAUCCUGGAGACACAGCGGCUGGCGGAGGCACGACUGCACGAGCUGUUCAUGUGCGACGUGGAUGCGCUGUUGGAACAGUUCCAGAGCCUGGCUCGUAACAAAGUGCCGGCGAUGCGCGGGGAGGGUGCCGGUGGUGCGGGGGAGGGCGAGGGGGAGGACGCGCUGCAGUUACAGCCCGAUCCACUGUACCGGCGCCUACGCGCCACCAUAGACAUGGACCUCGCGCUGCGUCUCUACAACGUCUACAGGCCGGAGUGCGGCGACGAGGAGGCGCGGCUGCGUGCGUGCGGCGCGGCGCUCGAGCGGCGCCUGGCGCGCCUCAACGCAGUGGCGGCCGACGAGCUGCGCGCGCACCUGCGCGCCGCCGCACUCAACUGCCUUGCUGCCAUGAGGUACUAUCGCUUGCAGCCGGAUGGACCCAAAAUCGAGGAAGUUAGCGAGAAAAACCCGCUGGUGCCUAGGAUCACAAAGGAGAAUCCAGGUCUCGUCCACUGUUACAAAACAAUGGAGAAUCCAGGUCUCGUCCACUGUUACAACACAAUGGAGAAUCCAGGUCUCGUCCACUGUUACAAAACAAUGGAGAAUCCAGGUCUCGUCCACUGUUACAAAACAAUGGAGAAUCCAGGUCUCGUCCACUGUUACAAAACAAUGGAGAAUCCAGGUCUCGUCCACUGUUACAAAACAAUGGAGAAUCCAGGUCUCGUCCACUGUUACAAAACAAUGGAGAAUCCAGGUCUCGUCCACUGUUACAAAACAAUGGAGAAUCCAGGUCUCGUCCACUGUUACAAAACAAUGGAGAAUCCAGGUCUCGUCCACUGUUACAAAACAAUGGAGAAUCCAGGUCUCGUCCACUGUUACAAAACAAUGGAGAAUCCAGGUCUCGUCCACUGUUACAAAACAAUGGAGAAUCCAGGUCUCGUCCACUGUUACAAAACAAUGGAGAAUCCAGGUCUCGUCCACUGUUACAAAACAAUGGAGAAUCCAGGUCUCGUCCACUGUUACAAAACAAUGGAGAAUCCAGGUCUCGUCCACUGUUACAAAACAAUGGAGAAUCCAGGUCUCGUCCACUGUUACAAAACAAUGGAGAAUCCAGGUCUCGUCCACUGUUACAAAACAAUGGAGAAUCCAGGUCUCGUCCACUGUUACAAAACAAUGGAGAAUCCAGGUCUCGUCCACUGUUACAAAACAAUGGAGAAUCCAGGUCUCGUCCACUGUUACAAAACAAUGGAGAAUCCAGGUCUCGUCCACUGUUACAAAACAAUGGAGAAUCCAGGUCUCGUCCACUGUUACAAAACAAUGGAGAAUCCAGGUCUCGUCCACUGUUACAAAACAAUGGAGAAUCCAGGUCUCGUCCACUGUUACAAAACAAUGGAGAAUCCAGGUCUCGUCCACUGUUACAAAACAAUGGAGAAUCCAGGUCUCGUCCACUGUUACAAAACAAUGGAGAAUCCAGGUCUCGUCCACUGUUACAAAACAAUGGAGAAUCCAGGUCUCGUCCACUGUUACAAAACAAUGGAGAAUCCAGGUCUCGUCCACUGUUACAAAACAAUGGAGAAUCCAGGUCUCGUCCACUGUUACAAAACAAUGGAGAAUCCAGGUCUCGUCCACUGUUACAAAACAAUGGAGAAUCCAGGUCUCGUCCACUGUUACAAAACAAUGGAGAAUCCAGGUGUCGUCCACUGUUACAAAACAAUGGAGAAUCCAGGUGUCGUCCACUGUUACAAAACAAUGGAGAAUCCAGGUGUCGUCCACUGUUACAAAACAAUGGAGAAUCCAGGUCUCGUCCACUGUUACAAAACAAUGGAGAAUCCAGGUGUCGUCCACUGUUACAAAACAAUGGAGAAUCCAGGUGUCGUCCACUGUUACAAAACAAUGGAGAAUCCAGGUCUCGUCCACUGUUACAAAACAAUGGAGAAUCCAGGUGUCGUCCACUGUUACAAAACAAUGGAGAAUCCAGGUGUCGUCCACUGUUACAAAACGAUGGAGAAUCCAGGUCUCGUCCACUGUUACAAAACAAUGGAGAAUCCAGGUGUCGUCCACUGUUACAAAACAAUGGAGAAUCCAGGUCUCGUCCACUGUUACAAAACAAUGGAGAAUCCAGGUCUCGUCCACUGUUACAAAACAAUGGAGAAUCCAGGUCUCGUCCACUGUUACAAAACAAUGGAGAAUCCAGGUCUCGUCCACUGUUACAAAACAAUGGAGAAUCCAGGUGUCGUCCACUGUUACAAAACAAUGGAGAAUCCAGGUCUCGUCCACUGUUACAAAACAAUGGAGAAUCCAGGUCUCGUCCACUGUUACAAAACAAUGGAGAAUCCAGGUGUCGUCCACUGUUACAAAACAAUGGAGAAUCCAGGUGUCGUCCACUGUUACAAAACAAUGGAGAAUCCAGGUCUCGUCCACUGUUACAAAACAAUGGAGAAUCCAGGUCUCGUCCACUGUUACAAAACAAUGGAGAAUCCAGGUCUCGUCCACUGUUACAAAACAAUGGAGAAUCCAGGUCUCGUCCACUGUUACAAAACAAUGGAGAAUCCAGGUCUCGUCCACUGUUACAAAACAAUGGAGAAUCCAGGUCUCGUCCACUGUUACAAAACAAUGGAGAAUCCAGGUCUCGUCCACUGUUACAAAACAAUGGAGAAUCCAGGUCUCGUCCACUGUUACAAAACAAUGGAGAAUCCAGGUCUCGUCCACUGUAACAAAACAAUGGAGAAUCCAGGUCUCGUCCACUGUUACAAAACAAUGGAGAAUCCAGUGGGUUCGCUGGCGGAGAUGGAGGCGCUCAUCUACUCGGACGAGGGCCGGUUCGUGAUGGCGCACAAUGGCUGGGUGAUGGACGCCGACCCGCUGCAGGACUUCGCGGCGCGCGCCGCCGGCGGCCGCGUGUACCUGCGCCGUGAGCUCAUCGCCUGGGGCGACAGCGUCAAGCUCAGAUACGGCGAAAAACCGGAGGAUAGUCCGUUCCUGUGGGCGCACAUGCGCGAGUACGUGGAGCUGACGGCCGAAGUGUUCGAUGGCCUGCGCCUGGACAACUGCCACUCGACCCCGCUUCACGUAGCGGAGUAUAUGCUGGACUGUGCAAGAAAUGUGAAGCCCGACUUGUAUGUAGUGGCCGAGUUGUUCACGAACUCAGACCAUGUGGAUAAUAUAUUUGUGAAUAGACUCGGUAUAACGUCACUUAUCCGAGAGGCGCAGAGUGCGUGGGACGCUCAUGAGCAGGGGCGGCUGCUGCACCGCUUCGGCGGGCGCGCCGUCGGCUCGUUUGCGCUCGCGCCACGUCGCGCCGCGUCACCCCGCGUGGCGCACGCCAUGCUGCUCGACCUCACGCACGACAACCCCUCGCCGCUCGACAAGCGGUGCGUGUUUGACAUGUUGCCGACGGCGGCGCUGGUAGCCAUGGCUUGCUGCGCUACGGGAAGCACACGCGGCUACGAUGAGCUGGUGCCGCACCACAUCCACGUGGUGGAUGAGUCGCGGCUGUACUGCGAGUGGGCAGAGGGCGGGGAGGGGCAGGGGGAGGGGCGGGUGGGGGCCGGCAGCGGGCUGCUGGCGGCGCGCCGCGCGCUCAACGAGCUGCACUACCAGCUCGCCAUCGACGGCUACAGCGAGGUGUAUGUCGAUCAGAUGGAUGCGGACGUCAUAGCUGUAACUAGACAUGAUCCUCGUUCUAGAAAGUCAGUAAUUUUAGUCGCAUUCACGGCGUUUAGCGCGCCCGAUCCCUCUUUUGGCGGCCGCUAUGUUAAACCAUUGCGUUUCGAAGGACAAUUGGACGAGAUCAUAUUCGAGGCGAACAUGCGCCAUGUUGAUUACAGAACGACCGGGCAGGCGUUGAAACCGCCGAGCGCAUUCACGAAGAACGCUCAGUACAUCAACGGACUGAGCGAGUACGAGGUGAGCGUGCAGCAGAGCGUGCCGCUGGCGCAGUCGAGCGUGUUCGCGGGCGCGCGGCGGGAGGGUGCGCACUGCGUGCUGGAGUUCCGCGCGCUGCGGCCCGGCGCCGUGGCGGCGCUGCGCGUGUCGCCGCGCGUGCAGCCGCGCCGCCUGGCGCCGCGCGCCGCCGCACUGGCCGCCGCGCUCCAGCCCGCGCUGGCCGACCUGGACCUGGCCGACUUCAAUGCGCUGCUGUACUGCUGCGACGCGGAGGAGCGCGAGCGCUGCGGCGGAGGCGUGUACGACGUGCCGGGCCACGGCCCGCUCGUAUAUGCCGGAUUGCAAGGCGUCGUAUCGCUGCUUACAGAGGUGGUGGCGCGGGAUGACCUCGGGCACCCGGUGUGCGACAACCUGCGCGCUGGCGACUGGCUGGUGGAGUACCAGUGGCGGCGGCUGGAGGCGGAGCCGCGGCUGGGCGGCGUGGCGGCCUGCUACCGGGUGGCGCUGGCGCCGCUGACCGAGCUGCCGCGCUUCCUGCUGCCCACGUACUUCGAGGCGGCCAUGCGCGCGCUGCACGCGGCCGUGGAGCGCGCGGCGGCGGCGCAGCUGGGCGACUGGGCGCGCGGCGCGGCGGGCGGCGGUCGCGUCGUCCGCGAGCUGGCGCUGACGAGCGUGCAGCUGACGGGCGCCGUGCGCUCGGCGCCGCUGCCGGGCGGCCGCGCGCGCGCUUCGCUGUCGGCCGGCCUGCCGCAUUUCGUCACCGGCUACAUGCGCUGCUGGGGACGCGACACCUUCAUCGCGCUGCGCGGCCUGUUCCUGCUCACCGGCCGCUACCAGGACGCACGAGCUCACAUCCUGGCGUACGCUGCCUGCUUACGACAUGGGCUUAUACCUAACUUGCUAGAUGGCGGUCACAAUGCUCGUUUCAAUUGUCGUGACGCGGUCUGGUGGUGGUUGCAAAGUAUAAAACAGUACUGCACCGAAGCGCCGCAGGGAUACGCGCUGCUGAGCGAGCCAGUGGCGCGCUUGUUCGCACGCGACGGCGAGCCCGCGCCCCGCACGCAGCCUCUGCACGAUGUCAUGCAGGAGGCUCUCGACACGCACUUUCAGGGCCUUGUGUUUCGCGAGCGUAACGCCGGGCGCGCGAUUGACGCGCACAUGACAGAUAAGGGAUUCAACGUGCAGAUUGGCAUUGACCCCGAGACCGGGUUCCCGUUCGGAGGCAACGACUACAACUGCGGCACGUGGAUGGACAAGAUGGGCUCGUCGGAGACGGCUGGCACGCGCGGGCGGCCGGCCACGCCGCGUGACGGCAGUGCCGUGGAGCUGGUGGCGCUCGCUUAUAGCGUGGCGGCCUGGCUGGCGGCGCAGCACCGCGCCGCGUGCUACCCGCACGCCGGCGUGGCUCGGCGCCACCGCGGCGGCGCGCUCACCGCCUGGACCUUCGCGCAGUGGGCCGAGCGCAUCCGCCGAAACUUCGAGCGCUUCUUCUGGGUACCGGCCGCGCCCAGCGCCGCCGACCUGCGCCCCGACCUCGUGCACCGUCGCGCCAUCUACAAGGACACGCAUGGCGCCACGCGCCCCUGGGCCGACUACCAGUUGCGCUGCAAUUUUCCUGUUGCCAUGGCCGUUGCGCCCGAACUCUUCGACCCGAAGCACGCCUGGCUCGCGCUUGAUAAUGUCGAGCGGCUUUUGCUAGGUCCGCUCGGCCUAAAGACGCUCGAUCCGGCCGACUGGGCAUACCGUGGUGACUACGAUAACUCUAACAACAGUGACGAUCCGAAUGUCGCCCACGGAUACAACUACCACCAGGGCCCCGAAUGGGUGUGGCCGCUCGGGUUCUAUCUGCGGGCGCGUCUCGCUUUCGCACAGGAGAACGGUGUGUACGCAAAGACGGUGGCCGCCUCGUACGCGGCAUUGGCGCCACUCGUGAGCGAGUUGCGUUCGUCGCCGUGGCGCGGCGUGCCCGAGCUGUGCAACGCGGGCGGCGCGUUCUGUCCGGACUCAUGCCGCUCGCAGGCCUGGAGCUCUGGCACGGCGCUAGAGGCGCUACACGAGUUGGAGAGAGCGCGACGCGCGCUGGGCCCCCCCGCACCGGCGCCGGCGGACUGA